GCGGCUUCUUUUGCGGUUUUUAAUCCAGAAAAUUAAAAAUAUAGUUACUAUAGUAAACUAUUUUCUAAUAAGUUUAAUUUCAUUACGGAAACUGCACAAUCACUGUAUAUGUCUGAAUCCGAAACUAUACCGAUCAUUGAUGAUGCGAAAGGCGAAGCGAACCCGAAGAAAAGAAUUCGUCAUAGAAAGAAAAACUUAUACGAAAACAUUUUGAAACAAAUGGAGUUCUACUUUAGCGAUGCAAAUUUAAGUAAAGACAGGUUUUUAGGAGACCUGGUCAAAAAUGAUCCGUACGUGCCGAUUGCUGAAUUUUUAAAGUUUAACAAAAUCAAAUCUCUAACUCAAGAUGUAAACGAUAUUGUUAAGGCAAUGAAACAUUCCACCUUCCUAGAGUUAUCAGAAGAUAAAACCAAGGUGAAGAGGAAACUCCCUAUGAUGCCGUAUGAUGCGGAUUUAAGGACUGUUUAUGUGGAAUCUAUACCAGAGACAGCGAGCAGAGAGUGGCUAGAAAGAGUUUUCUCAGACUUUGGUCAUGUUGCCUACAUUUCAUUGCCCAAGUUCAAAAAUUCCCAGAGAAUUAAGGGCUUUGCAUUUAUAGAGUUUGAGAAACCUCAAGAUGCCCAUAAAUGCAUAGCAGCGUUUACUGAAAUGGGUUGUAAACUUCCUACUUGCAUGCCUCCAGAAGAGCUUUCAUCUAUAAAACUAUUCUCUGUAGAAGAACCUGAAGAGACCAAUGAGACAAAAGAAGAGUAUGAACCACCUAAAAAGAAGACCAAAAAAGCUAAAGAUAAGAAGAAACAUUUAGAUUUAAAACCAGAUCAAGAGGGCGAUACAGAAAAGAAGUCAGAUACACCAACUGAGGAGAAUAAAUCAAUAAUUUCUGCUGAGGGAGAUAAGACAACAGACAUAGAGUCUAAAGAUGAGCUUACAAGUCACGAUGAAGGCAAAAAAGAUGAUGAUACUCCACGAAAAAAGAAACAAAAGAAAAGGUCAAAAGAUAAAAGCAAAAGUAGUUUAGUUAAAGGUGAAGCUCCUAAGGGAGCACUGUGGGGCUUGCAAGUACUGCCAAAAUCAGAGUGGAAGUCAUUAAGAAAUAAAUAUUUGAAUUUACAAAGGAAGUACAUGAAAGAAAUGAAAACUAAUCUCUAUAACAAGAGACAUGCCUACUCUGGCAUUCCCACUGUUGCUUCAGCAAAUGAUCCAGCCGAACCGGAAGAAAAUACCCAGGAGGUAGAUAAAGAAAAAGAUCAAUUACAAAAAAUACCUGGUGUAUUUGUCAAAGAAAUUCUAUCUGAACCAUGCAUAGAUGUGAGAAGCACUAAAAGAAUGAUUAAAAGCAACACUCACGCUUUACAUGUGGAGGUGAAAGAAGGACAGAGCGAAUUAUUUAUUCGUUUCGAUUCUGCGGAGGCUGCUGAAGAGUACACUGCCAAGUCGAACUGCGCGCGGGUGCUCUCCGGCCCCGAGGAGCAGGAGCAGUGGCAGCGCGCGAUCGAGGCACAGACCAGCGCACGCCGCAACCGCCGUGCGCACGCACACGCGUACCCCCCGCACCCCGCAUCCCCGCAACCCACACACACACAUAUACGCUUCGACGAGUGAUGCAUGUACUGCCAGGUGUUUACAUACACACAUAUACGCUCAACGAGUGAUGCGUGUAUUGUCAGGUGUUUGUUUAAAAACUUUGUUGUUAGCAAAUUUAAUGUGUAGUUUUUUUAAUACAUAAUAUUAUAAUAUUAAAAUCUUCCGCCACUCAUUAAUGAAAAUGUUUUGUCCUUAUCUAUCACGGAGAUAGUAUACAGGUGUAUCAAAACUAAGUGAUAAAUGAUAAUAUUUUAGAGCGUGU